AUGGCCUCCUCGCCCUCCCCCUCGCCGGGGGCCACCAAGGCCUCCCCGGCCGCCUCCGUCGCGCCCGCCACCUCCUCCCCCGCCUCCCCGGCCCCGGUCAAGCUGCCCAAUGAAACCCCGGCCGACCCGCCCGCGGCCCCUCCCGCGCCCUCCGCGGCCGUGCCGCCGCAGACGCCAGAAUCCCCACCGCCCCCUUCUCCGUCGCCUCCCCCGGACCCCACCGCGUCGCCGCCGCCGGUCCCCGUCGCAUCUCCGCCGCCAGCCGCAUUGCCGCCACCCUCGCCGCCCACUGCGGUGCCGCCGCCGCCCGCGCCUGCCGCUGACCCGCCCAAGCAGUCGCCUUUGCGGCCCCCUGCGCCGGCCGCGUCACCCCCGCCGCCAAAGACCACUUCUCCACCACCAAGCCCGCCGGAUCGCUCGACCGCGCCGCCCGUGGCGCGGUCACCACCGCCGCGGCACCCGGGGUCGCCGCCUCCUCCAACCGAGCCGCAGGCGCCGCCGCCCUCCGUCAGUCCCAUCAUCAAACCUCCCACCAGCCCCUCCCCAACCUCUCCCACCGUCCCUGCUACUCCCACCGCCCCCUCACCGCCGUCGACGCCAGGUUUUGGUCCUCCAUCUGUGCCUAGCGCCCCAACAACAACCCCGCCAACACCAAUCGGUCCGAACAUGCCACAGGACCCCUCAUGGCAGGACAGCGGCCCCUCGCCGAGCAGCCGUGGGUUGAAUGAUGGCGCAAAGGCGGGGAUCGGCGUCGUCGUGGUGAUCCUCGUGCUUAGUUUGCUCGGCGCCGGGUGUUGGUACAAGAAGAAACGGAGGAGAAUGACCGGUUACCAUGCCGGGUUUGUGAUGCCUUCACCCUCACCAUCUGCUUCUCCACAAGUGCUACUAGGAGGACAUUCAGAGAAAACCAAAGCCAACUACAGCGCCGGGAGCCCCGAGUUCAAAGACACAAUGUCAGAGUACAGCAUGGGCAACUGUCGCUUCUUCACCUACGAGGAGAUGCACAACAUCACAAACGGUUUCUCUGAUCAAAACCUGCUGGGGGAAGGCGGCUUUGGGUCUGUUUACAAGGGUUGCUUGCCUGAAGGAAGAGAGGUUGCCAUUAAGAAACUGAAAGACGGCAGCGGGCAGGGGGAGCGCGAGUUCCAGGCCGAGGUGGAGAUCAUCAGCCGCGUGCAUCACCGCCACCUGGUUUCUCUUGUUGGGUAUUGCAUCUCGGGCGACCAGCGCUUGCUUGUCUACGAUUUUGUGCCCAACGACACGUUGCACUAUCAUCUACAUGGACGUGGCGUGCCGGUUCUGGAAUGGCCAGCCAGGGUUAAAAUUUCUGCUGGAUCGGCUAAAGGAAUAGCAUAUCUUCAUGAAGAUUGUCAUCCCCGAAUUAUCCACCGAGACAUAAAAUCCUCUAAUAUUCUGCUGGAUAACAACUUCGAGGCACAGGUUGCUGAUUUUGGUCUUGCAAGACUAGCCAUGGAUUUUGCCACGCAUGUAACUACACGGGUGAUGGGAACUUUUGGGUACAUGGCUCCAGAGUAUGCAUCCAGUGGCAAGCUGACUGAGAAAUCUGAUGUCUUCUCUUUUGGCGUUGUCCUCUUAGAGCUCAUUACUGGUAGAAAGCCUGUCGAUGCAUCAAAUCCAUUGGGCGAUGAGAGCCUUGUCGAGUGGGCCAGGCCACUGCUCACGCAAGCGCUCGAGACUGGCAACGCAGGGGAGCUGUUGGACCCCAGGCUGGACAACAACUUCAACGAGGUCGAGCUGUUCCAUAUGAUCGAGGCGGCGGCGGCCUGCAUCCGACACUCGGCACCCCGGAGACCCCGGAUGAGCCAGGUGGUGCGGGCUCUCGACAGCCUGGCGGACGGUGACCUGACCAACGGGGUGCAGCCGGGGAUGAGCGAGAUGUUCAACGCGCCCAACACGGCGGAGAUCAGGCUGUUCCAGCGGAUGGCGUUCGGCAGCCAGGACUUCACGACCGACUUCACCCAGUCUUCUAGCUGGAACAGCAGCCGCCAGGGCGGUGGAGACGUCGACGCCUCUGGCGGGCCGAGGCAGUCACAGCCAUAG